AUGACUGAGUUCGCCAGCCAGCACCGUCAACUUGCCCCCGGACCUUCGCCCACUAAGCCCGAGAAGUUCCCCGGCGGGGAUAGCCCCCCCGGAGAGAGCUGGCGCCAUCCUUCCGAUUCUUCUAAAAAGCGUGUGUCCAUGGCCUGUUUGGCGUGUAAGAAGUCUAAACGGAAGUGCUCUGGAACACCGCCGUGCGACAACUGCCGGGCGUUCAACCGCCAGUGCGUCUUUGAUGAGACGCUCGAUCAGCGCCGGAGGGUUGCUGCGAAGCGGACCGCAGAUGAACUCAGCUACCACCGUGACAUGCUCAACGAUCUGCUGCGGGUGAUGCGGGCGGAGGACCAGACGCAUGCUCUGCGGCUGCUGGAGAUCAUCCGGAACAAUGCCAGCGGGGAGGAGAUCCGUACGUAUAUCGAUGAGAUGUUGAGCCAGAUUGAGGGCCACGGCCAGGUGAGUGAUGUAGCGGAGAGACAGCUGCAGGAGGUCAGACGGGUGAUCGAUAUCGAAGGCGCUGGGCCGUCGUUCCGCCCCAAGGUUAUGGAUAUCCAUUACUUAUGCAACGAAGUGCCCUACAGAGUCCCCGCCAAACCCUGGACUACCGUCACCGCCGAUGCAGACCUCGUCUCACAUCUAGUGUCGCUGUAUUUCACCUGGGACUACCCCUUCCACGCCUUCCUGGACCGCGACGUGUUCCUGGCUCAUAUGCGCAAGGGUAACACCAAGUCGGAUUUAUGCAGUCCAUUCCUUGUGAACGCUCUGCUUACGAACGCAUGCCACUUCUCUGACUACUCCGAGGCCUACGUCGAUCCCGGGGAUAUUGUGACCAAGGGGGCCGAUUUCCUUGCCGAAGCCGAACGUCUGAGGGAGGAGGAACCCACCAAGAUCAGCCUGGCCUACCUGCAAGGCACGCUCUUGCUGUAUGAAAGAUACUCGAUUUCCGGCGAGGAUGAUCUCGGCUAUCGGAUGCUUCAUCAAGCUAUCUGGACCGGCGAGUCCCUCGGGCUGAUCGGCCCAAGGAUGUUCGCCCCGAGUCCGGGGCAAAUAUCAGACGACAUGGACAUUUCGGUCAAACGAACGGCCUGGGGCCUGUUUCACAUCGACACCGUCGUGCACACCGAUUUCCUUCGACCCAGCCUUAUAGAUAAGGUCAAUCUGGAACGGCCCAACCGAUAUUUGGUGGAGGACUCCAGCAUAUGGUUCCCCUACCCAUCUCACCGGCUUGCUCGGCAAUCCUAUCUAAGCCAGUACUUCAACGAGUCCUGCAACCUAUGUGAGAUCGCACGAGACAUCUCGCAACGGUUGUUCACCAUCAACGACACGGCAUCCUCGCUCCAGCACAAGUGGCAGGCCAAGGAAACUCUGUACGAGCGACUCCGGGCCUGGUAUACUGGACUGCCCGAGUUUUUCGAUCCACAUCGUAGACCGCCACCCUACAUUAUUCUCCUAAGAAUGCGCUUCCACACGCUGGUCAUCAACAUCUUCUCCUUCGAGGGCGAUGGAUAUGUAUCCAGCCCCGACUCCGAGGCACCGAAGACCCCCGAGAGCCCCCCGGGCCUGAGCCCGCUGUCGAAGUACAACACGUUCGAGAUCGUGCAGUCGGCGGCGCAUGCGAUCGCGACCCUUACGAUUCUCCACCGGCGCGAGUUCGGCAUCAGUCGCGCGCACCACUUCGCGAUGUACGCGAUCAAUUUAGCGUUGUUCACGAUGCUGGAACCCGAGUCGUUCGACAUCCUGGACGCAGACUUUCUGGCGCUCGCAAGCGCCUUCUCCAGCAUCGCAAACCGCUCGCACCUGGGACGAAGCCUAUUUCACAUGUUUCGACAGUCGGUGCGCGCGAAAGGGCAGGGGCGGCACCUUCGAGAGUCCCAUCUGGCCUCUGACGACCUGAAAGAGAUGUUCGACGAAGAAUCGACAAUGUCGUCCCAGUGGGACGACUACGCGAAGGGGCUGCAGAAGCUGGAAACGGACGAACGCUAUCAUGGAAUCAUGGAGGGCGACCGCAGUCUUUCCGAAAUGCUGGACCGGUACGAAAGCUUGAGUUUGGGCAAGGACGAAAUUGCUCCUGAGCGGCUGCGACCGUGAACCGUGGGAUCUCGGGGAGACUACCCAGGGCCCAGGAGUGUUAGACUCGGAAAUUGAACCCUGUGUCUUCGAUGGCGAUUGUAACUCGCAGCCUGGCCGGAAGAUAAGUUUCAGCCUGGGGUGGUUUCCCGGGGAGGUGCGGACGGUGGUGUGAUGGGGAUUGCUGUGAGCGUUCGUACCAUGUCUGCGCGCAGCAUAAUGCCUAAUACAACAAGAAAAUGCCGGUCGCAUGUGCCCGGCUUUGAGUUUGGGUUCCCAAAGGCUCUUUCCGCAUGGGCCCCUGACGUCAUUCUGCUGUUGAACAUCCUCCCUCUGUCCGACCUGCUCGACCUCUUCGACUGCAUCCACCUCAUCCACCUCAUCCACUUCAUCCACUUCAUCCACUUCAUCCACUUCAUCCACUUCAUCCACUUCAUCC